GCCCGGGCGAGAUUUAAUCCCGGCCCAACUGCAACCGCCCGUUCGGUUACGCCCGACGCGGAACUCAACCCGGCCCAAACCCGCUCCACCCCGUCCAUUCCACGCUGGAUUGAAUCAUCCUGUCCCAACUCGUGGUAGAAAUCCAUCCCGAGCGACGCAGCGGCGGCGCGACCUGGAGGCGGCGACCUGGAGGCGAAGUCGACCCACCGCAUCUCAAGCGCCCUGCACCGCAUCUCCAGCGCCCUCCCCCACGACGGAAGCCUCCUGCCGUUUUGCAACGGAUAUGAUGAUAAGGGAUCGCAUUAGAAAGAGGAGGGAUGAGGAAGAUGAUGAUAUGAUGAUGUUCAUUUUGCCUGCACUAUAUACGUUGGGUUCUAGUGGAGGGAGACAAAAGGAGAAACGUCAUACAUCAGUGCUAACGGGAGAGGAAAAAGUUCGGGAGCUACUUGAAGGGCACGUGAAGAAUUGUAGGGUAGCUUUCAGAAUGGAACCCCAAAUCUUCAGAUCAUUGGCCAACUACCUUAGAAGGGAACGGUUGGUUAGCGAUACCAGAAUUAAAGUAGAGGAGAAACUGGCCUUUUUUAUGUAUAUGCUCAGUCAUAAUGCUUCAUUUGAGGCUCUCCAACUACAGUUUGGACAUAGCAAUGACACCUAUCAUCACAUCAUGAAGCAUUUUUUCAAUGUAGUUGUCCCUAUUCUCAGCAACAGAUUUUUGAAGCUUCCCAAUCCUAAUGAAGUACCUUAUAAAAUUCAAAGUGAUUCCAGGUUCUAUCCUUACUUCAAGAAUUGCAUCGGUGCCAUAGAUGGCACCCACAUACCUAUUUCCGUAUCUCCUGAUGAAGCUGCUCCAUUUAGAAAUAGGAAAGGAACACUUAGUCAAAAUGUGAUGAUGGCUGGCGAUUUUGAUCUGAAUUUCACUUUCGUAUCUGCUGGAUGGGAGGGAUCGGCCACUGAUGCUAGGGUCCUUAGAUCAGCAAGGAACAGUGGUUUCCAUGUACCUGCGGGGAAGUUCUAUCUAGUGGACGGUGGGUACGCAAACACAUCUUCAUUCCUUGCACCUUAUCGUGGGGUACGCUACCAUCUUAAGGAGUUCGGUGCAGGUCGCCGAAGACCUCGGAAUUAUAAAGAGCUAUUUAACCACAGGCAUGCAGUACUUAGAAAUGCUAUUGAAAGGGCUUUUGGGGUUUUAAAGAAACGGUUUCCCAUCCUCAAGGUUGCAACAUCUCAUAAAAUUUGGAACCAAGUGAAGAUACCCAUGGCUGCAGCCCUAUUGCACAACAUUAUCAAAGCACUCAAUGGAGAUGAGCAAUGGUUGGAUGAUCCACAAGAUAAUAUCCCUCCAGAAAACUUUGUUGAUCUACCUGAUGGUGAUGAAGGCUAUGAGCAUGAGGGCAAUGAGCAUGCUGACAACCAAGGAAACAAUCUCAGAGAUGCAAUAGCACGCCAGAUGUGGAAUGACUACCAAAGGCAUAGAAAUUAGUGUGUACUGGUUGCUGCAUUUGGAGAGUUCUGUAAUGAUUAUGCAUUAGAAAUUCUAUAAAGAAUUCUGUAAUGUUUAUGCAUUAGAAAUUCUGUAAUGAAUUAUGUAAUGUUUAUGCAUUAGAAAUUCUGUAA